AUGUUCUUUCCAUUCUUCAAAGGAUUCAGUGGCCCAAAUCGAAACAAUGGCCGAAACGGAGAGGGAUUCCCGGAUCAAGGCAGACAGCAAGACGAUCAGAGCAGAAAUCAUUCGAACCCAGAGGGUGAAUGUACAAAUCCAGACGAUGACUUCGAAUUCGAUGUCGACAUACAAAAAGGACGUGUGCGCACGAAUGAUCGCGUCAUCGCUAUUCUCAUCCUAUUACUUUUCUUCUAUAUCGUCUACGAAAACGGAAGAAAUAGACAGAGACAACGUGAGCCCCGAAGAAUUCGAAUGAUUCGGAAUCCGGAUCGAAUCGAAGAAUUGGAGAGUGAGGACGAAAUGGAUAUCACUCAGCGCCCGGCAAUUGAGGAUCAUCAAGCUGAAGUCACUUUCGACAUCGAGACAAUGGAAUGUCCAGUCAACACAACAAACAAAGUGACGACGAUUCACGCUGAACUUCGCUUGCUUUACUUCGCAGCGCUACUCCAAAGCUUCGCCCCUGACAUGUAA